UUUUUACUUGCGCAGCUGAGUAACGAGCCACUGAAUCGCAUCAAAGGAUUGCCGUUGGAGCCGAGCAGCUACGCUGAAGCCUGGAAUUUGUUGUGUGAACACUAUGACAGCGAUAAACGACAUCUUGCCUCCCAUUUCUCAGCACUGGCUGAAUUGCCAGAUCUAAAACAGCGAAACGAGAUCCCUCCAUUUUUAGCAAAGAUCCAGGAGCAUCUCCAUGCCUUACGCGCACUGAGACAGGAUUUGAACGUUAUUGGACCGGCGCUCGUCAUGCCAAUACUGAAGAGAUUUUCAGAAGAAAUAAUGGGAAGGUUUGAAGACCAACGAGAGGACUGCAAGAAAUUCGCAACUCUCACAGAGAUUGAAGAUUUUCUGAAGUCUGAAACGGUGAAGUUGUUGGACUCAUCAACCGCCGUCGCCCCGCCUACGCAAAAAUCCACGCCGUCAGCAGCCAAGAUUCUAGUCACGAGCUCGGAAGCCACGCCAGGAAGUCAGAAAGCCAAACCGAAAAAUUCUUCGAAUUCCAAGAAAAAUAAAAAUUCUUCAAACCAAACUUCUGAACAAAGCCAGUCAUGCCAAUGUUGUGUAAGCACAAAGCCCAGUACAGACGCCUCCUCAUCUCCCCAGAACUCGCCGAGAAUCAACCCAGCAUCUGGCAGAGCGUACUAUUGUCAAUGGUGCGAAGGAAAUCACCCCUUGGUGCAAUGUGACAAAAUAAAAUCUUUGACCGUAGCCCAACGCCGUACCCAAGUUAAAGCUGAGAGUAGAUGUUUGAACUGCCUGUCCGUCAAACACCACUCCCGGUUGUGUCCCAGUACAAAACGAUGUUUGCAUCAUCCGACAGAGAAACACAACACGCUCCUGUGCGAACAUGUUCCUGCCGGAACCAGCCCCGCGCCCGCCGUCGCCCAGACAGUUCCAGCCACAGCUCCUUCAGUAAACGCCGCGGUCAGCAGUUUCUCGCGACACUCUGGAGCCGACCCAACCAUCUGCGUUGCCAAAUCGCCGCCAACCGUAAAUCUCCUACCUACUGCAUUGGUUCAACUCCGAGCGGCAUCCGGCUACAGCGUUACCGUUCGAGGUUUGAUAGACUGCGCGGCUACUCACAGCGCCGUCACUUCUAAAUGCGCCGAAUUUUUGAAGCUCUCAGCAGAAGGUGAAUCUUCGACAAUUAGAGGUUUCGCUGCCACGCCGGUCAGAAUUAAAGGAAAAAUACACGCUGAUAUUCUUUCAAGAUUUGGUCAACCUUUUGCGCAAAAUCACGAAUGGAUCGUAACGGAUAAAAUUACUACGCAACUACCAGCAGCUCCUGUAACUGAAAGGCUCAGAGUCAUGUUCGAAGAAAACCUAUUAGCGGAUCCGGAGUUUCACACGCCAGCCGACAUUGAUGUUCUCAUCGGAGUAGACCUGUUUGCAGGAUUAUUUUCAGGGGAAGCUCAAACCACGCAAGAAGGAACGGUGCAUGUGAAAACAUUUUUUGGAAUUGUCUUCGCUGGCCCCGCUGCUCUUCAAAUGCCACGCCAACAGCCAAACGCCGAGUUACCAGGACUAAGCCAACAAUUUGAUCGAUUUUAUGAAGCAGAAGCCGCCGCAUCUACAAUUUUAUUUUGUGCCAAUACAGAAUUCUCCCCGCAGCCACGCCCUCUCGUAGAACCUACAAUUAACGCCGCAACGCUUCCCAUUCCGGAACAUUUUGAAAGAUUUUGGGCCCUUGAAGAAUUUGCUCCAGAACCGCAUUUAACGCCAGACGAAGUAUAUUGCGAAGAAUUUUACAAGCAAACAACCACACAGCUAGACAAUAAGCGUUAUCAAGUUCGCUUACCAUUCAGACCUAACCAUCCGCCUCUUGGAGAAUCACGCUCGCAAGCUGAAAAACGUUUUGUCGCCUUAGAGAAGAGAUUGGAUCGAGACGCCGUUUUUGCGGAACAAUAUAGGAAGUUUAUGAAAGAUUAUGAAGACGCCGGUCACAUGAUUCCAGUGACAGCCCCAUCGCCCACAGACAGCUUUCAAGGAUAUUACUGCCCUCAUCAUGGUGUACUCAAAGAAUCCUCUUCUUCCACAAAAUUACGAGUAGUAUUCGACGCCUCUGCCAAAAGCAGCACUGGAUUAAGUCUGAAUGAUAUUUUGUUAAAUGGACAAAAAUUACAGAAAGACAUACGACAUGUGCUCCUCCAUUUCCGACGCCAUCCAAUUGCAAUUUCCGCCGACAUACGCCAGAUGUAUUUGCAGAUUGAGCUCCAUCCUGAUGAUUGGUUUUAUCAACUGAUUUUGUGGAGAAAGGAAAAAAACGAACCUAUACUCACUUACGCCCUCGCAACAGUCGCCUUUGGCAUCAAAUCCUCGACAUUUCACGCCCUUAGGACCUUAAAGAAAUUAGCCCAAGAUUUUGGUCAUCGUUUUCCAAAAGCAUCCGCAAUUAUUCUAAACGCCACCUAUAUGGAUGAUAUUCAAUUUGGAGCAAGCACAGAAGAAGAAGCACAAGGAUUAAUUGAAGAAUUAAUCGGUCUCCUGGCUUGUGGUGGUUUUACGAUGCACAAAUGGUUCUCCAGCCACCCGCAAGUUUUGUCUACGCUACCAGCCGAGAA